AUGGAAGGGGUGUCUGUUAAUGUAUACAACGGGAUAAAGCAGUACUGGAAGACGAAGAGGAAGGGAUACGAGAGGAUAAGCCGCGGCGGCCGGAGAAGGAAGUUUGAUACCGGAGACGGAGCUAGCGGCCGGAAGAAACCGUCGUGGAGGAUAAAGCUCACGCCCAAGAUCAAGCUCAAUUUCAACCUCCGAUUUUCUCCCAAAAAGCUGCUUAUUCGCCUCCGCAACGCCUACGUCAACAUGAUGCUGAGGAUCGCCAACACCCGCGUCAUCGGCGGCGGCGGCGGCAUGGGCAUGGGUGGCUUCUCCGGCGACACCGUCGCCAGCUUCGGAGCCCGGCCACUCAAGGAGUACGACGAGAGGAUGCUCGUCCAGAUCUACAAAUCUAUGCUGGCAGCUCACGGCCAAACUCAACUGGUUCCCCGUGAUGCACCGCCGCGAAUCGCCACCCCUAUUACUUGUCGACGUUAG